UCGCGAAUAGAUCGGUUUGAUUAGCAUUUUUAGCAUGCAUCGACUGCGGAACAGCGCCGCCACAACUUCUGCGGCAUUAGGCGUGCUCGUCACCUCCAGACAAGCCCGAUGCGACUCUACGGUAAACGCAAAGCCAGUCACACGAGAGCCGGCGCCAACACAAGCAUCACCGCCGCCACCAUCAUCGUGGGGUCUGCUGCAACCCUUCCAAAGUUUCUGGGGCUGGACGACGGCGUCGUUGUCGACGGGGGACAGGAGCGACGCCGCGCAUUUCGCAGCGUUCGCUUCCAACCCCGAUGCAAGCGGACUCAUGUCAUGGCCAAGUCUGCAGAAAGGACUCGAAGGACGCGCGAAGGACGAAACUACCUUGGUGGCGCUAGCAGCGGCCGCUCGAGCUGCCGCUGCCGCCAACGACAAGGCUGCGAUAGCCACCUUGCCCCAGCGUUUCACAGAAACCGCUUAUGGUCCUGGCAUCACGCCAGAGAUGCGCAACAAGCACGUGGAGCGCUAUGGAUGCGUCAAGUUCACCCGCCAAGCCAUGGAAGUCAUCUCGAACCUCUCUCGGCAUCGCGGGGUCGUCGAACUCGGCGCCGGCCACGGCCAAUGGGCGGCGCAUCUCCGCGAUGCCUACCACAUCGACGUCCUGGCCUACGACAACAUGGCCACUCUUCCGCUAAGCGGUCGCAUCGGUGCCCCGGGUGUCCUCGCCGGCAACGAGUCCGUGCUGAUGACCCACCGCCACCUUCGCGGCCGGGUGUUGUUGCUCGUGUUCCCCGACCCCGGUCCCAUGGCGCUGAAUUGCGUGACGAGGUACAUGCAAAGCAGCGACGACAACGACACACUGGUGUACGUGGGCGAAGGGCGCGGCGGGGCCAACGGCGACGGCCGCUUCUUCGACCUCGUGGAAAGUCCUGUGUGGAAGUUGGAGACCACGUUAGCCCUGGAACCAUUCGGCACCAAAGGAUUCGAGCGCCUGUUUGUGUUUCGCAGACGAAAAUAAUCACGUUUAAGCAAAUUAUACAUGGGAUCAUCCAGCUUAACAUGGGAAGAUCGUACGACGACGUGUAUGACGAAUGGCAAGCCGCACCCUUGCUUGGCCAACAUGACUUGCAUAUGCGCGACGGUCUUUGGAAUCGGCGACAGUCCCGCGCAUUGAGGCAGAAGCACCAAUUAUCACGGGAUAGUCGGACAGCAGAAUGAUCGACAUGUGCAGACAUGCAUCUUUCAAAGGUUGCCAUGGACACCGGUGAUGUUGUGACGACGUAGGCCGACAAGGUGCACGAGCAAGACAAGCACCUCAACGACGUUGAACUGCCUUUGCGUGAAGAUCCAUCCGUUGCUCGCGUCUAUCCCAGCUCGACGGGACGCAACACGCCCAACUUCGGGCCCAGCAUGCAGAGGCAGUCGAUGGAGACUAGCACAGUCACCACGACGACCCACCACGUCACCGAAUGCACGAGGGGCACAUGGACUGCUUGUCCACUUGCGUUCGUGUUGGCGUUAUUUCUGCG